AUGAUUCCGCAUGUCGUGCAGACGGCCUGUCUGAAUGCCGCGCUCGAGCUGGCAAUAGGUUUGGCAGGAAGACGGCAACAGUCUUCUUCAGAUCGCAAAAAUGCAGACCUGGGCAAGCAUAUCAAUGAUCGACUCCGACUCUUCUUUUCCUUCGCUGAAUCACAUAUUCCUACCUCAACGACACUGCCCUACUCGGUGGUUCCUGUUCUCAAGGUACUAUGGCGUAUACAAGCCAUGAUUCAGUCAGUGACAACCCGUCCCCUCGACAUUAGCCCUGUGUACCAACGUGAGGAGCUGCCGAUCCGUCUUGAGCAGAUUAGCCAUGCAGUGGAUCAACUCUACGAGCUAACGCCCAGUUUAAUAAAUUUGCACAAAUUGGAGACCGUCGUUGACAAUCGUGAUGGACCAGCGGUAAAGCUUGAUACUUUUGAAAUAACGAGGACCACGGGGAGGCUGGCGAUGACCCUGAAAGAGCAGGCUAAUACAUAUAAGACGAUUAUCACGAGGCAUCCAUCACAGACUGGAUCCAGCUACGAGGAACAGGUGGCAGCCGAACUAAGCCGGCGUCUAGGGGAGUGUAUCCCCGGGCAAAAUACUAGAUUGUCGGCCACAGGUACAAGAGAAGUGGCCCCCUCAUUCUCCGAAGCUCUAAGGUUGUACGCUGCCGAAUAUAAAGAAUCAAGAAGUUCAGAGAAGCUUAACCACAUUCACAUACUUGGUGAGGCUCAGGGCUCCCCUGCACGAGAUCUGGAGAGAGCAAUCUUGCAGUGUGGAAAGAGGCUGAGACUCCUCAACGCACCCGUGGCACAGUGCCAUCUGAACUUUCUGCACAUAUCUCCCAAUCCUUUCGACAUAGGGCAUAUUGAGGAGAUGCUUGACCACUUGAAGAAGGACAAAGCUGUAGCGGGCAGAGUGGCUGAUACAUACGGAAAUAUCGUUUUUUCUGGGCUCUCAGACGCAUCAUUAGCCGCGACACAGGUACAAGAAGAAGAAGCACCACACUCAAAGUUUUCUUUACUUGAACCGACGCCGAAAGAUUGCGAGAUAAACAUCAGGGGACUUUCCAACUACACCGAGAUCGAGACUUUACGACUCCAGUUCUCCUCUUUCGGAACCAUUAUCCGCAUGGAAUUUGAUGAGGACACAGACGAGUUCCUUACAGGCGCGGCUUAUGAUUUCUAUGCUUCCCAACGAAACGCUACCGAGUUGGGGAAUGAGAGGCCUCCUCCGUCCUCUAGAAGUGGAUCCCGUCAAAGAAUUACGAGAAUUAUUUAUGCCCGCGAUGACGAAGCAGAGGCUGCGUGCGACAAUAUGAACGGAAGCAGAUUCGAUGGCGAGCUUAUCCACGUCUUCAUGGUGAAGAGGGAACCUGGUAGACAGGCUCUUUCGCCUGUUCCUGAAGGUGAUGGGCUACAUGCUCGACCACGGUACUAA